UUUGCUAAUGUACACUUUCCAUUCAUUUUCCUCGGAAAGGUGGAUAACUGUAAGAAUUCUUUUUCUAGAUCUAGGAUGGAGGUAGCUAAGAAUUUGACAUUCAUGUUUCAUCCCUUGGAAACAAAUGAUGAGAAAGAACCCAAGAAAAUUCAAGAAAUAAUACAAAACAUACCGGAGAGAAACACUGUUUCAGUUCUUGCCAAAGUCAUUGCAGUCAAGCAAGAAAGUGUUCAGGAAGUAAGGAAGGUUCUACUAAAGAAAAAGGAAAUAACAAUAGCUGAUGAAACAUCAAUGAUCUCCCUCACACUGUGGGAUACUCUGGUAGAUGAUCCAAAUAUCAGCCUCAAUGCAGUCAUCUUCUUUCGAAAUAUUUCUACAAGGCUAUUCUCCAAUGUGAAAUCCCUGACCACAACCAAAGAUACAACAUACGAGUUAACUGAAAAUCAAACGGCUUUCCAGGGAGUAGAUGAAAACACAUACAUCACAGAAUCCAAAACUGCAACUGUUGAAGGAGAAGUUGUCAACAUUCUGAUCAAAAAAACCAACCACUGCUUAUCCUGCAAUAGGAAAAUGCUCGAAACUGAAACUAAAUCACAGUUCAUCAAAUGUGCUGGGUGUAACAUGAAGUUUAAAGUUUCUGCUAUGGACACUACCCUCACAUCUACUUUCCAAAUCAAAACAAAUGAAAAUACCAUCAAACUAAAUGCGUACAAUGCAACUCUGAUGCAUUUCCUAAUCUCAGUCCAGAAAGAACAUCUCAAAAAUGACCCAGAUGAACUGGAAAACUUUCUGCUGCUCUUGCCAAGGGUCAAAGUUGAAUAUGCCAAAGGGGAAAAUGUUGUCUCGAAAAUAAGUGUUUUGACCUAGCUCAAACACCAUACAAACAUUGAUUUGCAGAAGAGUUGUUUAAAAUGUAGUUUUUUUUUGUAGAUCAUGUUAAGCCAUUUUAAAGAAUAUUUUUGUUUGAUAUACUCCAUAUCCCACAUUUUUCAAAGUAAGUA